AUGGCUCGCUUUAAGCUCGCAGAAGUUGAGGGAUCUGUCAUGCUGCCGCCUUGCGCCACCGACGUGCUUGUGAGUAAAGCCGUGCAGCAGAAGAGGUCCGCAAAACACAAGGCCGUCGAAGGGUCUAGUAUCCCGGCCUUACAGAGAACGGACGACCGGAAGAUGAAUGGCGAAAGGAGGGAUAAGGGAGAGGACGUCGGUGAAGAGGAGGACGGCGAUGGCGAUGAUAAUAACAAGAAUGUGAAUGUGGAUGUAGAUGUGGAUGAAGAUGAGGAGCCCUCAAUACAGCAAAAGUUGGUUGCGCUGGGGAUUAGCCAAGGAGAUGGCGAUUUUGGUGCUUCUAAGGCUUUUCCGAAUGCGAGCGGUGAGAAGAGCAUACUUGGGUCGCGAGCGAACGUUUUGAUGCAGGCUAUUCGGGCACAGGAUCAAAGUUUGUUUGAUGACACAAUUGAGAAGAUGAGAGACGUUAAGCUGAUCAGGACGACUGUGGAGCGGUUGCCGCAAUCGGUGGCCGCGGGGGAUCUUCUAGACAUGUUGGUGGAUCGGUUGCAACGGUUUCCGACAAAGGCUGAAACGUUGGCAAGAUGGAUUCGAGAGGUGUUGAUGGAACACACGGGGGCGCUGAUGAGUCAGCAGAGAAAUAAGGCUCUUGUGGCGCUCGUAGAGAUUGUGAAAGAAAGAACGCAAGCGCUUGAAGGGCUCUCGAGAUUGCAGGGUCGCUUGGAGCUGGUCUUGACCAGAGCGGAUAAGCUGAAACGAGCUGGGAGAACGAUGACCGGCGAUGCCGAGCCGAAGGCGCAGUAUGAGGAAGAAGAAGGGUCGGAAGACGAGUCGGACGAGUCAAGCGACGACAGCGACAGCGAAGCCGGAAGCGAGGAUGCCGAGGAUGAAACUGGGGAACUGGAUUCAGAGCAAAGUAGCAGCGAAGAUGGCAGUGGUUCAGAGAUGGAGGAUGUAGCCGUCAGAGUACCUGAGAGGGCACCAAGACAAGGUGAUAUUGCAAUGAAAAAGAUGAAUGGGCACGGCCCCGGCGACAAGAUUGGGAGUCCUGAUUCGUCCUCAGACGAAAUUUAA